AUGACCACCGAAACUUUCCUUGCUAGGCUCUGCGAGCAGGCUGAGCGCUACGAUGAGAUGGUUACAUACAUGAAGGAGGUGGCCAAGUUGGGCGGGGAACUCACCGUUGACGAGCGAAACCUCUUAUCUGUCGCCUACAAGAACGUUGUCGGUACCAGACGUGCUUCUUGGCGCAUCAUCUCCUCGAUCGAGCAGAAAGAGGAGUCUAAGGGUACCGAUAAGCACGUCUCCACCAUCCGUGAUUACCGUCAAAAGAUUGAGACCGAGUUGGAGAAGGUCUGCCAAGAUGUCCUCGACGUCUUGGAUGAGUCUUUGAUUCCAAAGGCUGAAUCCGGAGAGUCAAAGGUCUUCUACCACAAGAUGAAGGGAGAUUACCACCGUUAUUUGGCUGAGUUUGCCUCCGGUGAGAAGCGCAAGGUCGCUGCCACCGCUGCUCACGAGGCUUACAAGAACGCUACUGAUGUCGCACAAACUGAACUGACCCCCACUCACCCAAUCCGUCUUGGUUUGGCCCUCAACUUCUCUGUCUUUUACUACGAGAUCUUGAACUCCCCAGACCGUGCAUGCCAUCUCGCCAAGCAAGCCUUCGAUGAUGCUAUUGCCGAGCUUGACUCCCUUUCUGAGGAGUCUUACCGCGACAGCACUCUUAUCAUGCAACUUCUCAGGGAUAACUUGACCCUCUGGACUUCAUCUGACAACGGUGAAGCUGAGGCUGCUGGUGACGCACCAAAAGAGGCUGACAAAGCAGUUGAGGCCGAGACCAAGGCAGACGAGCCAGCUACCGAAGCCGCACCUGCACCUGAAUCUUAG